AUGAAGGGAAUCACAAAGGCUUUCGCGCGGACGCCGCAUUUGAUGACGAGCAAAAUGGGGAUGACGAAGAAAUCGAUGGAUGCGGAGUACAACGACUACGAGCGGAAGUUCUCGGCCGUCGAACAGGCCUCAGAGAAGAUGUUGAAAGACUCGACAGUCUUCCGCGACUCAGUGUCCAGCUUACUCAUGUCCGGCUCCUCCUUCUCUGGCGCUCUUGCCACCCUCUUUGCACCUAUGGGCGCAGAGUAUAACCUCGCUGCCAAGUUCCCGCAGUCCGAAGUGACCGUCAACAAUAUCGCGCAGUAUCAGGUCCUCAUGGAAGAGCUUCGGGAAACGCUUUCGCCCGAGCUCGACCUCAUCGACACUCGUAUUGUUAUCCCCUGCAAGGAGCUGCACGAUAUCUGCAAGAAGAUCCGCAAGACCUGUGUCAAGCGUGAUCACAAGCUCGUCGAUUUCGAUCGGCACAAUAACAGCUUGGCCAAGCUGAGGGAGAAGAAGGAGAAGAGUCUGAAGGAUGAGAAGUCGCUAUUCACUGUUGAGCAGGACUUCGACAUCGCUUCACAAGAGUACGAGCACUACAAUGACCUCCUCAAGGCUGAGCUGCCCGAGUUCUUGAAGAUGGCUUCGAGGUUUAUCGACCCCCUCUUCCAUUCUUUCUACUAUAUGCAGCUCAACGUGUACUACAUCAUGCUGGAGAAGCUGCAGUCAUUCGCAGACGGCAAGUACGACCUCACCCGCAAGGAUAUCGAGAACAUCUAUUUGGAGCAACGGGGCGAUACGGGCGACCAGCUCGCCGAGUUGCAAGUGACCAAGAAGGGCGCUCUCCACUCCACCGCCAAGCUGCGUCAAAUGGCAGGCGUCCCUCCUUCGCGCUCAGCAUCCAUCUCCUCCCGCCCCUCCAUCGGCUCCAAAGCCGGCCUGGACCGUCAACCCUCUUACGCCUCCCGCAAAGCCUCCGAGUCCGGCCUCGGCGCCUCCGGAAGCCCAUCCCGAGUCGUCGUUGCCCCGCCACCAUACACCUCCUCGCCCAGCAGCGGCGAUAUCAAGAAGAAGGCACCGCCACCGCCGCCGCCACUCAAAUCUAAGCCGAGCUAUGGCGCUCAGAAGAAGUACUGCACUGCGAUCUUUGACUUUGAGGCUCAGGCGGAAGGUGAUUUGUCGUUUGGUGUAGGAGACAGGAUCGAGAUUAUCGAGCGGACGGAUAAUGCCGAUGAUUGGUGGACUGGGAAAUUGGAUGGACGGACGGGUAUCUUCCCUGGGACAUAUACUCAGGCGGACGCAUGA